AUGCCCCGAGGUCCAGCGACGGCAGGCUUGUCGGCGGCCGUGGGACAAUGGACCAAGUUCCUGGGGCGCGCCGAAGCCAAACGACUAGACCCAAGCGACUUUGCGAGAUUCGUGCCCAUUCUUAGCUCGGAUUUUUAUCCAUUGCCUCCCAUCGUUAUUGCCAACCUUCUCCUCAAGCCGACGAAGCAGUCGUCCUAUUCUCUCGACCCCCGCCGACUACAAUAUCUCACCAUCCUCCUCAAUCAAAAGCUCGUCAACAUCCAGUCCGUCCUGAAGGUUCUACACCAGUACUCGACAUCGCACGCCAAGAUUCAGAGUCAACACCAUGCGGACGCCACACACGAGGCCGCGACGGCCAAUAAGGGAGACCAGGGGCAACAAGGAGACAAGAAGCCGAAGCGGGUGUUCUGGCAGAACUCAUUCAACGACGAGGAGGUCAUCUUUUUGCAACUUUCCAAGGUCAUCACGCAUGGUCAAGGCAUCAGGCAUGCCUCCGACGCCUACGAGAUGGCCGCGAACCUAAGCAAGUGGAUAACGCUCUACAUCGACGUCAUCGCCGCCUUUUCACGAGAUACGUUUGGCAAUAUUCAGAAUAUGCGGACGAGGCAGGAUAUGGAAAACUCUCUUCAGGCUUUCAGUUUGCUUUUGGUUCACUUCUUGGGCAAUCAACGGGUGGUUUCUGCCUUUAGCCGGCCCGAUGCCAAAGGCCAUCGCAAACGAUUAGCGGCCUCUAUCGAUCAGCUUAUACCCUAUAUCCUUCAGAAUCCGAAUACCUCUGGAAUUGCGGUGAAAUUGGAGUUCAGCAGAGGGCAGACACUGGCCGGGGAAGAGUCUUCCGACCUGAAGGACGCUGCGGUAGCGGAGAUGCAUAGCUACAUGGAUAACAUGAUCGGGCUGGACGCAUGGCAAAUACCCGACAUUCCGCUGGUUAACUCUCGUGCUGGCCUAUACAUAUACAUCAAUGCUGCGCUCGUAGGACGACCUUUGAUAGAUGAUCAUUCUCUUUACACCUACCUACACAACAGAUACCAGGGUGACUUACAAACGACAGCAAUACACCUCAUCCUAGCAUCCUUCGAUGUCUUGGCGAACGCCGUCUUCAGAUACGAAGGAUCAAAAACAGGACAUUUGCUCAAAUCAUACGUCGUCAACAAGGUUCCCCUAAUAUUGGGUAACUUUGCCGCUUCUUCUUCACCCAUGUACCCGUUCGACGCGGAGUUUUGCAUAUCCCAGGCGCUGGGUCAAGUCGACACCAAUGUGUUCCCGACAUUGUCCAAUAUGUUUGACAUGUCGAACACUAGCAGCUCCUUUCAGGACUCGGUACGACAAGACUUUUGUUUUGCCUGUCAGUUGCACGGGCUCUUGUCUUCGUCGGCUAUCGAGACCCUUUUGGGCGAAAUUACAUAUCAAACACUGCCGGACGAGGGUCGAUACGUGAAAGAGACGCUUGUCCAGGCGUGUUUGGGAGACUUCGAGAGAAGUCAAAAGCUCAUCGGGGAAUUGGACAACAUGAACGGAAACGUGGGCGCCGCUGCGCAAGCGAUUGUUGAGGUGAUCGGUACACUCUGCCGGAACAAGGAGACCAUGACUCUCAAGCAACUGUGCAGCCGUCUGGCCAGCAAACCGUCAUCUUUGGAUAUUCUACUGCUCUUCGACAAGCCGUACAAAAUUCUUCAUCCUCUAUGCGAGCUCUUGGACAACUGGGGCGGGUACGACGAGGAUCAGGGCGAGUAUCAGCCUGUCUACGAAGAGUUUGGCUCUAUCUUGCUUCUACUAUUGGCCUUUGUGCACCGCUACAGUUUGACGCCUACUGAUUUGGCCAUCCGGUCUCCGGAUUCAUUCGUGGGAAAGCUGCUAGGAAGGGGCUCGUUGAGUCGCCCUUUAGACGAGCUCAGCGAGCAGGAAAAGUCGCACCUAAAUGGUUGGGUACAUGGACUAUUUGAUUCCGAGGCUGGCGGUUUAGGAGACGACCUUAUGUCGUCGUGUCCUCCGCAAGACUUCUAUCUACUCAUGCCGACGCUUUUUGAUCAGAUCGUCAUGGCUUUGAAUCUCUUGGAUACCCUGUUGUUACCUUCACUGGUGCCAGCACUCUUGUUCCUUGCAAACAACCUGCGAACCGAUAAGCAGGCCGGUCAAGCAGCAGUCAUCAAGAUUCUUCAGCUCACUUUGCGUCCUAACUCGAUUUCGAAUGAAGCAUCUAUCAUGCUCUCAUCGGUCCUGAACAUCGUCGCCAAGCCCCUAGAACUCUCACUCCGCUCCUACCAGCGUCAGGUUCCCGCCUCCCAACAGGUCGAGCCUCUCUUGCGCGCUCUUAAGGAGAACCUGGCCGUGUCUGGCCGAACCGGUGGCGCCGACCACAGCGAGCUGGAGAACUGGACCGGCACGCACCACAACGGGUCCGGGUCAGUCGGGGGUCUUUACGGCGCCAUCCGCCACACCGUCCAAAAUCUAGUCCAAUGGGCUCAGAACUCCCCCGGCAACGGCGUGCCCACCACAUACACCCACCGCCAGAUCCUCGUCGCCCUCCAGAUCUGCGGUGCCAAACGCGUCCUUUCCGCCCUGCUUAAGGAACUGAAAGUGCAAACAGAAGCCGGCAACGGUCCCGUCGCCUACGACGUCGUCACCGCCAUCAUCUGCGCUCCCGACGUCCACAACAGUCCCGUAAUGGACGACGACCCCGCCUCUACCAGAGGAGCAGAUGCGAACCACAACCACACGGUCCAGAGAAAACAACGAAGAAUCACCCUCCGCGAAGCCCUCAAGUUCGAAGCGGAAGAUUUCAAGAAGAUACAGAAAUCUGACCCCCUAAUGGCCGAGACGGUCGUGCGCCUACAUCGUCGCGUCGAGGCCCAGAUGACUCUCCCUCCCCCGCCUCCGCCGCCCGCGCAGCAUCUUCACCAUCACCAGCAAGCGAUGCUGCAGCCGGAGCUGAGCGCGUUGGGCGUGGUGGCUGGUGAUACCAUGGGUGAUUCGAUGAUGAAUGCGGCGGCGGUGGCGGUGUCGAGCGGUGACCAUCACCAAUCGGUGGACGCGAUGAGUUUGGAUGCUGCCGGCAUGGGUGUGGGUGGGUUGGAUGUGGGAGGAGCGGGUGGCAUGGAUUUGAGUGGGAUGGGGGAUAUGGGUAUGGGUGGUAUGGGUGGGUUGAUGGUGAAUACCAACACUGGGGGUAGUGUAACGGGUAUUCAGAGUGGAGGUGGUGCAGCAGGAGGAGGACGUGGAGGUGCAGGAGGUGCCGGUGCCGGUACCGCCGGCAAUGUAGGAGGAGGUGCUGGCGGCGGAGCGGGUGGAGGCAGUGGUGCCGGUGGUGCGGGAGGAGACCUGAGUGGUGAUGAUAUCUUUAGCGGAUUGGGAACAGGGGACUUUACGACGGAUUUUGGGAACUGGGAUACGAUGGAAUUGGGGUAG